UUUCAUUCUUUCACCCAAUGAAACAUCGUUCAUUACUUUUAUAUAGCUUUAUUACUUUUAUUCUUUAAUGUCAAUUGGCAAUCAUUUUGUUCUAAUAUCUGAUUAUAAUUAGAUUAUUUCACAUUAUUAUUCAAUUUAUAAUAAUUAUUUUAAAUAUAUUUAUUAGACUAAUAUAGGGACUUUAUUCGUAUAUUUUAUUACUGACAUCUAUAUUACGUUAUGAAAUUAAAUGAAUGGAAAUAAACAAAUCAAAUUGUGUGAUAUAUAAUACAAUAAAUCAUUUCAAUUAAUCCAUAAUGAUCAAAAUGUUGAUAAGAAAUUAAAUAAUAAAAAUGGCAGAAUUAAUAGCGAAUUUAAAAGUGGUAAAAAAUAAAAUUACUGUUGCUUCUGGUAGAAGACCAGCAGAGUAUAAAUAUUUUGAACCACGUUUAGUAGCUGUGAGUAAAUUAAAACCAGUUGAAUUAAUUGUUGAUGCUUAUAAAGCUGGUCAAAGACAUUUUGGAGAAAAUUAUGUUAAUGAAUUAUUAGAAAAAGGAAACGAUCCAAGUAUUUUGGAAACAUGUACAAAUAUACAUUGGCAUUUUAUUGGCCAUCUUCAACGUAAUAAAGUAAAUAAGUUAUUAAGUGUUCCCAAUUUAUAUGUGAUUGAAACAAUAGACAAUGAAAAACUUGCAUCAGCAGUAAAUACUUCUUGGAUUAAUUAUAGGAAAGAUGAAAAUUUAAAAUUAAAAGUGAUGGUACAAGUUAAUACUAGUAAAGAACAAGAAAAGAAUGGUUGUGAAAUUACAAAUGUUUGUUCUCUUGUUCAGCAUAUUAUUGCUAAUUGUAAGAAUUUAGAAUUUAUAGGUCUUAUGACAAUAGGCAUGUUUGGAUAUGAUUACAGUAAAGAACCAAAUCCUGAUUUUUUAUGUUUGAAAGAAUGCAGAGAAAAUGUUUCAAAACAAUUAAAUAUUGAUUUAAAACAAAUUGAAUUAUCAAUGGGAAUGUCAAAUGAUUAUGAACAUGCGGUGGAAUUAGGAAGUACUAAUGUUAGAGUUGGUACUGCCAUAUUUGGAGAAAGACCAAAAAAGAAUAUUUAAUGAAAUUAUAUUUUCAUUAUAUAUUACAACAUAUAGAUAUACAAAAAUAUAUAUAAACUAUGUCUUAAAUCAAUAGAAAGUUUUCUAUAAUGAUAAAGAAUGAGGGAAGACAAAUAUAGAUUGCUAUAUUCAUUUAGUUUCCAAUCAUGAGACUAUGUGACCGCUCAUACGAUUUGCAUAUUUAUUCAUCGGAAAAUUAUCAAGAAAUCGAAAUUCUUAUCUCAAAAUUGACAAAAAAGAAACUGUAUUUGAUUGCAAUGUAACUAUAAUCGUUAUUACCACGAUUUUCUAUAUGAAAAUCUUAAUAAUCUUUUCGAUAGCACUAAAUUCAAAUCAAUAAUAUUUCUGCGCUAAAUUAUUCAAGAAUUAUUCGUAGACGAGGUAUAGAAUAGAUUUAACAUUUAAUAAUAUUUUGUGUCUCAUAUUUUGAAAUAGUGAUUGCACAAAAAAACAGAAAUAUGUUUGAUAUGAUCUUUAUGAUUUAAAGCGAUGAAUAUGAGAAUUAUAUUCAAUUCAAUCAUAAAAAUUGAUAAAAUAAAUAUUUUAAAAUAUUUCAAAAUAUUUAUAAAAUAUUUUAAAAAUAAUUUCUUUAACACAUUUUUUCAUAAAUUUUUUUAUAGUAAUUAUUCGAUAGGGAGGUCCUUAUCUAUUUUGUUAAUUUUUAUUAAUACGUUAUAAAUAUUUUGAACAUGUUAGAAAUCAAUAUUUUGAACAACUUUUUUUUUUACAUGUUAAUACCGCUUGGUUUUAGUUUUCUAGAUAUUUGCAAGAAACUUGAUAUUGCAUUGCAAUUUUGUCUAAAAUAUAUAUAAUGUAUAUAUAAAUAUUAUAAUAUAUAUAUAUAUAUAUAUAUAAAUAUAUAUAUAAAUCUAUUGCGAUAUUUUUAAAAUCUAUAUACCUGCGAUAUAUAAAAAUAAAUAAAUAAAUAUAAUAUAUAAAUAAAAUAUAUAAAUAUAAUAUAUAUAUAUGUAUAAUAUAUAUGAAAUAUGUAUAUAAUAUAAAUAUAUACAAAUAAAAUAUAUAAGAUAUAUGAAAAUUA